AUGGAAAAAGUAGCUUUCUUUCUCAUCAUCAUCAUCACCACCUUCAUCACCAUCCAUAGUGUACCAGCCAGCCUGAAAGCCUGCCCCGAAGUAUCGGCCGUGUUCGUCCUUGGUGACUCGUAUUUCGAUGGCGGAAAUAACAACUACAUAAAGACGAGCGCCUUCGACCGGGCCAAUUUCUGGCCAUAUGGCGAGAACUUUGCCGAAGGCUCGACCGGGAGAUUCUGUGACGGACGCAUAAUACCCGAUUUCAUCGGUUUGAAGGACGUGAAAGACGCGUGCUGCGGGUCGGGCUCUUACCGAGGUAUUAACAACUGUGGGGGACAAAGGAAACCUCUGAGUACUGAGUAUGAAUUGUGUUCGAAACCCAGAACUUACUUGUUUUGGGACUCAUGCCAUUACACUGACAAGGCGAACGAACAAGUGGCUAAGGGAAUCUGGGAUGGUAUACGUUCGGACAUCUUAGAGUGCGACGACUAA